GGGUCACGAUUUGUCUGGAUGUGUGUCACUCUGUCAUGAAGAGUUCACGGAACAUUGAAGAAUAAAUCAAAAACAACUGAAAAUUAAUGGAGUUUAAUGCUGAAUAUUAACAUCAUAUAUAUAAUACAGACUUUUGCAGAAGGCGAUGGCAUUGGCCUUAUGAAAAAAGUUUCAGAUUUGGGUUCCACACUAUUAUGAAUACUACCACAAUGGGCAAAGAGGCAAGCUUGGAUGGAUUAGAGUUUGAUGGUGAUACUGUACUUUGCCGAGUAUGUGGGGACAAGGCUAGCGGCUUCCACUAUGGGGUACACGCUUGUGAAGGCUGCAAGGGAUUUUUCCGUCGCAGUAUUCAGCAGAAGAUACAAUACAGACCUUGUUUAAAGAAUCAGCAAUGUAAUAUCAUGAGAGUCAACAGAAAUCGAUGUCAGUACUGCAGGUUGAAGAAAUGUAUUGCAGUUGGUAUGUCCAGGGAUGCUGUCCGCUUCGGACGUGUCCCAAAGAAAGAGAAAGCUAGAAUUAUCGAACAAAUGCAUCGUGUGAACUGUCAGACUCAGGUGAACCAACUCCAUACCUUACUACAAAAUCCUGAUGAUCUCAUUCAAGCUGUUAUACUGGCACACAGACAGACUAACACAAUACCUCCUCAAAAUGUACAGACCAUGAGGGAGGCAGCCUUGUGCAAUAAUGAUUUCCUAAAUGUCCCCUCUCAUAUGGCUUGCCCAUUGAAUGCCCAGCUUGCCCGAGACCCAAACGAUAACAGCCAGGAAUGGGAGGACUUUUACGAUUUCUACACACCCGCCAUUAUCUCUGUGGUUAACUUUGCCAAAUCUGUUCCUGGCUUCUGUAUUCUAAAUCAGGAUGAUCAAGUCACUCUACUGAAGGCAGCAACGUUUGAAGUUUUACUGGUUAGACACGCUUGUUUGUUUGAUACAGACAAUGGGACAAUGAUGUUUACAUGCGGCAAACUCUUCAAACGGCCACCACCAGAUUCCACCAAUUCUGCUGGUUUCCUGUUGGACUCCAUGUUUGAUUUUGCCGAGAGGUUCAACAUGUUAAAGUUAGCAGAGGAAGAAAUCGCAUUGUUUUCUGCAAUAGUGCUGUUAUCUCCUGAUCGUCCAGGUUUACGAAAUGUAGAACAGAUAGAGAAGCUACAGAACAAACUAACGGAGAGUCUACAGACCGUGAUAAAUACUAAUCAUAAGGAGGACACAACUCUGUUUGCUAAACUACUGAUGAAAACUACCGAUUUACGUACCCUUAAUACUCUACACUCAGAAAAGUCAAUAGGGCAAGGAGAAGGAGAGUCGGGUGACGGGAAAAUGGAAACAAAUAAAAAUAUAUCUGAUUCUAGAUCUGAAGGAUCAUCUCCAUCCGAUCAGUCUGGGGCCACAGGUUAUGAUUCUGGCUGCGGGUCGUAUGACGGCAGCACAGGCUCGGGAAUUAGAUUCCCUAAUGACACCCACCAAGUGGUUCUAAAAACACCUUAUGGAACAUUUUAUAAAGAAGAAAACGCUGGAUAUUAUGGUCUGGUUCCCGACAUGCCACGCAGACGAUGUCACACAUUAGACAGGGAAACAGUCACACGACCCAGAUUACAUACUAUUGAUGAAGGAAAUCGUAGACGGAAUACUUUAGAUAGAGACUAUAUGAACAAAAUGGUGAACAAGUUGAGUGACAAAUUAGAAAAGCGUGCCGCCAUUCGUGGAGACAGCAUGCCACCAUCGAUAUGUAACAGUGCCGCAAGCAGUCCCAUUCCUGAGGAAUUUCAUGCUUAUCUGAAUAGAACCCACCACGAUUUUAUUCCUAUAUCAAUGGCUGAUUCUACCAGUGCUUGUAGUUCUCGCGCCAGUCCAGCAUUUUCUCGGGACUCGUUACUUCCCUUUGGUUCUUCGUCACCUGGAUCUCCAAAUUCAAGGUCAAGGUCAGGUUCUAUGGGACAGGACGAGUUUGGCCCUAUGAGGCCCAGAUGUUAUAGUUUUCAUAUGAACAGUGAAGGCCGAGCUUCCCGAGUUCCACGGAAUCUAUCGGCUACGAUGUUUCCAGAUGAAAGAAUCUCCCCCGAUGAUCUCCAGUAUCGAUUAAAUCCAGAAAUGCGUCGCGGCAGUGUUGGUGCAUCAUAUGGACCUUACGCCAGAAAGAAGUCACCAUUGGCUGAGAGGUCCUCAGACUAUUUACCCAAGUUUUCAGAUAAUUUUCUCUCUCAAGAACAUAAGCUUCAAAGACCUGGUUCAGAUUCUUAUGAAAGUUCAUCGUUGCUAAGGAUACCUGUUCCUAUAGCACCUGGUGGAUCACUAUGGCAACAUCGUUCCCCAUCAGGUCACCUUAAAUCAUCAUUCAAACCCAUACCUCCAAGAGAGGAAGGCAUUCAUGGAUCUCAAGAAAUACAAAAAGAGGAAAUUUCACAGCCCGGCUCUCCUAUGGCUGUAGAUCAAGACGACGAAUCUGAGGACAAAGUCAAAAUAUUUCAUAAGAAAUUUGAUAAGCUACGAAAACACCAUAUUCACAAUAAUACCCAUGGGGAAGAAAAAUCAAGGCCCACGACUCCUGAUAAUUCAGCCAGUAACGGCACAAAAUCGAAUGAAAGUGUCGCUAUGGAGCCAAAAAAGAAUGAAAAGGUGAAAAAAUCAACGAUCGAGGCACAUCCUCAGUUGUUUGCUCAUUUAAAUAGUCCGGUACAAAAGUCGUACAAUCCGUUCAUGAGUCAUCAACAGCUAGUCACGUCAAAUAACAGAGAACAAUUACUAUUGAAUGUACCAAGAGUUAUGAAAAGUACUGUUCAAAAAUCACAAUUUGUUGAUAAUGGUGUCCCUCAGAAGUCAGAUAAAGAAUUUGCAGGUGAUGUGGCCGAUAGAGACUUGCAUCAUUCAACCAAGCUUCACCUUAAAGAUAAAUUAUUACGCAAAUAUGACAGUACGGAAAAUCUAAGCAAAAUUGAUCAUGGACAUGGCUCCAAUGAAAAUGUUGCCAACCACAGCAUUGUUGAAAAUGGACAAAAUUCAGCCAUGCUUGGUGACAACCAAUCAAAUCCCUUUGCCCAGAUGCAGCGAUUUAAUGGACCACAUGUGAUGGGUCCGAUUGGACAAAAUGCUCAGGGUAUGGUAUACCCACAAAUGUACCCUGGUGGUGUACCCAUGCAUCCUGCAUUUAUAGGGGCAGCUUACAACUCUAUUCAGGCGAUGAAUCUCCUACCAGCUUACAAUCAGCAUCUGGCAGGAAUGCAGCAACUUGCUCAACUCUGUGUCAAUCCACAUAAUAGAGGUGAAGGUGAAGGCCAGCCUUUAAACUUAACACGUCCUCCAUUAACCAUGCCAUCAAACAUGCCACAAGUCAUGCCACAAGUCACGUUGGAGGAAAUUCUCGACAGAAAGAUCAAAGAGGAAAUUAGCUCUUAGUUUUUAUGGCGAAUUAAACGAUUCCUUAUAAAACAUAUUUUAUUGUUCAGAAUUUUCUUCACAUUUUGUCUUUUCAUUUUGUUAUAAGUGUAAGAUGAAUGUAAAGGUAGUUUUUAUAUCAAAUUAUGUUCAACCUGAGUGAAUGAUAUGUGUGAACGGCAUUAGUGAUAAUAAUGAAACAUGGUUGCUGCUUGCAUGUGAACGAAGAAAGUUUGAUAACGAGGUGAAGAGUUUGGAGAGAUAUGAUGUAGAUUCUUCUUAUAGUAAAGCAAAUAUGUCAACCUCAUGAUCUUUUAUUACAAAAGAUAGAGAAAAGGGGCAUAAUUCAUUCACAGAUUUUCAGUUCUUGCAACAAUGAUACAAUCAGUAACUUGCCUAAGAAUAUAUUUGUCAUUCUUUGUUCAAUUCAAAAGUAGCUUUAUGAGGCUAAAAUUAUAAAAGUGACAAAAAAAUGAAUGUCAACAGCCAAAUAUUUUUGGUUUGUUGAUGUCCUUGGGUUGAUGUCUCCUCGAAGAAUAUCCCACUUUUCUUUGUUUGUAUAAAGUUUGAACAAAGAUCUUAGUAUUGAAGAGAUAUUUAUUAUACUAAAACAACUUUUUAUACGACCGCAAAUUUUGAAAAAAUUUUCGUCGUAUAUUGCUAUCACGUUGGCGUCGUCGUCGUCGUCGUCGUCGUCGUCGUCCGAAUACUUUUAGUUUUCGCACUCUAACUUUAGUAAAAGUGAAUAGAAAUCUAUGAAAUUUUAACACAAGGUUUAUGACCAUAAAAGGAAGGCUGGUAUUGAUUUUGGGAGUUUUGGUCCCAACAUUUUAGGAAUUAGGGGCCAAAAAGGGCCCAAAUAAGCAUUUUCUUGGUUUUCGCACUAUAACUUUAGUUUAAGUUAAUAGAAAUCUAUGAAAUUUUGACACAAGGUUUAUAACCACAAAAUAAAGGUUGGGAUUGAUUUUGGGAGUUUUAUUUUCAACAGUUUAGGAAUUAGGGGCCAAAAAAGGGCCCAAAUAAGCAUUAUUCUUGGUUUUCGCACAAUAACUUUAGUUAAAGUAAAUAGAAAUCAAUGAAAUUUAAACACAAUGUUUAUGACCACAAAAGGAAGGUUGGUAUUGAUUUUGGGAGUUUUGGUCCCAACAGUUUAGGAAUUAGGGGCCAAAAAGGGACCCAAAUAAGCAUUUUUCUUGGUUUUCGCACCAUAGCGUUAGUAUAAGUAAAUAGAAAUCUAUGAAAUUUAAACGCAAGGUUUAUGACUAUAAAAGGAAGGUUGGUAUUGAUUUUGGAAGUUUUGGUCCCAACAGUUAAGGAAAAAGGGGCCCAAAGGGUCCAAAAUUAAACUUUGUUUGAUUUCAUCAAAAUUGAAUAAUUGGGGUUCUUUAAUAUGCCGAAUCUAACUGUGUAUGUAGAUUCUUAAUUUUUGGUCCCGUUUUCAAAUUGGUCUACAUUAAGGUCCAAAGGGUCCAAAAUUAAACACAGUUUGAUUUUAACAAAAAUUGAAACCUUGGGGUUCUUUGAUGUGCUGAAUCUAAAAAUGUACUUAGAUUUUUGAUUAUUGGCCCAGUUUUCAAGUUGGCCCAAAUCGGGGUCCAAAAUUAAACAUUGUUUGAUUUCAUCAAAAAUUGAAUAAUUGGGGUUCUUUGAUAUGCCAAAUCUAACUGUGUAUGUAGAUUCUUAAUUUUUGGUCCUGUUUUAAAAUUGGUCUAAAUUAAAGUGCAAAGGGUCCAAAAUUAAACUAAGUUUGAUUUUAACAAAAAUUAAAUUCUUGGGCCUCUUUGAUAUGCUGAAUCUAAACAUGUACUUAGAUUUUUGAUUAUGGGCCCAGUUUUCAAGUUGGUCCAAAUCAGGAUCUAAAAUUAUAUUAUUUAUUGUGCAAUAGCAAGUCUUUUCAAUUGCACAGUAUUGUGCAAUGGCAAGAAAUAGCUAAUUUCACAAUAUUGUGAAAUAGCAAAUUUUUUUUUAAUUAAGAGUUAUCUUUCUUUGUCCAGUAUAGUAAGCAAGAAAUAUCUGCAAGAAUUUUUUUUAAUUAGAGUUAUCUUUCUUUGUCCAGAAUCAACUUAAAUCUUUGUUAUAUACAAUAUACAAUGUAUAUUCACUUUUUACUACCAACUGAUAAAUUUAAAUAAUCUUUACCAUUCAGUGAUAACAAGCAGUUUUUUUACAUCAUGUAUUUAAAUGAGUAGUAAUUGUUGCAAACUCCAUUAGAAUAUUUUAAUUGAAAUUAGUUUUGGAAUAAGGGAAAGGGGGAUGUGAAUAAAAAAUUGGGUUAAAUUUUUCUCAUUUGAAAUUUCAUAAAUAAAAAGAAAAUUUCUUCAAACAUUUUUUUGAGAGGAUUAAUAUUCAACAGCAUAGUGAAUUGCUCUAAGAGAAAACAAAAAUUUUAAGUUCAUUUGAAUACAUUCAUUCUGUGUCAGAAACCUAUGCUGUGUCAACUAUUUAAUCACAAUCCAAAUUUAGAGCGGAAUCCAGCUUGAAUGUUGUGUCCAUACUUGCCCCAACCGUUCAGGGUUCAACCUCUGCAGUCGUAUAAAGCUACGCCCUGCGGAGCAUCUGGUUGAUAAUGUUUUAAAGAAAGUCAAAAGUUACAACAUUUGAAAAAAAUUAACUGAUUCUUCAGUUUAAUAUUUGUAUUCAUUAAAAAGUUCACAUAACAACAUCAGUUUGAAAAUAAUAAAAUUAAACUGAAUCAUUUUACCAUAAAUCAAGAAACUCAUCAUUACAAAAUAUUUGUUUUUCUUCUACCUGUUAAUUGUGAUGUUAAGGAGGGAUAUUGUAUAUACUUAGUUGUUUUUGUGUGUGUAUAUGUAGAUUAUUUAAUGGGUAUGAAUGUUGAUAAAAAAUAUGUACCAGAAUUUUUAACUCUGAGCUGUAAACUUUACCCACAAUAUUUAUUUAUGCAAACAGAUUUAAUGGUUUGGACUUGUAUUAUUUUUAUUUUUUAAACAUUUGGAAACAAAUUAAAAAAAAAACUCAAGAAAUACUGAUAAAUGUUUAGUAAUUUGGGACUGUCAAGUAUUAAAAAAAUCUGCUCUGUUUAGUAGGAAAAUAGUUGUUACAACACUUUCUUGAAUCUUUAAAUCUCAAUAUUCUAUUGUUUGGACUCGCCAAUUGUUGGUAAAUCCAUUGUUGACACCCAAUUUAAAAGAAGAGUGUGUCAUUGGAGAAAUUUCAAUUUACUUUUAAUCAAAUGAUUCUGAUAAUGCUUUGGUGUACACCUUUCCAAAUAUUACCCAGAAUGCAUUAAUUUCAGAAUGGGAAAUUGUUUUUAAGUUGCAAUUUCUCUGAAUAAUAUAAAAUAUGUAAUAGUAUAAAUGCUCAGAAUUGAUAGUUUUGCAAAUUAUUUUUGAUGUUGUGUGUUGUGGAAUUAGGAAAUAAUAAUAUAUUUUGUUGUCACGUUUAUUAAAAAGAUACAUUUUUUGUUGUCACGUUUAUUAAAAAGAUACAUUUUAUCAUUAUUUUUAUUUAUAAAAAAGUACAAAUAUAUAUUUAAUAUUUGUGUGACAGAUAGUAAAUAUGACUGGUAAUUUUUCAUUAGUUAGUUAUUAUUAAUAUUGUAAAUGCUGUAUAUUGCCAUAUGAAGGGGCUCAUUAUGGGAAACUGUAAUAAAUUAUUUUUUCUGGGAUUUGCUCUAAAUGCACAAAUCACUUCAUUCUAUUUGAAGAUUUAUUUAUGUGGUGACCCACAAUAAAGUGGAAUCAAAUUUGUAUUGUUGUAUAUUUUCAUAUAAAUAUUUAUUUAACACUUGAUAAAAUAAACUGGUAUGGGCAUUGAGAGAAAUUUUUCAAAAAUUUGAAUAAGAAAGUUUAAAAUGCUCCAAUAAUCAUUUUUAUUUAAUUAUCAUUUAAAAAUUUAUGUAUUCAAAAGGAGAAGCAUUAUAUUAGGUUGAAAAUUUCAUCUACUUUGUCAGCAUAAUAUUUAUAGAUAAGGUAUUUCCUGUAUCUUAAUGUCAGACCAAAGCAAUAUUUCCAGUUAAUUUAAAAAAAAAUAACAUGAAUACCACUGUGAUGUAAUAUUACAAAACUUUAUUAUUUUCUUCUCUGUACACAUUUUUUGGUUGGGGUAUUGUUUGCCAAAGUAGGUCUAAAAAAUGAUUAUUAAUGUUUUAUAAAUAAAUUUUCAUUUGAGAAAGGGGAGAUAAUUCAAAUUUAAAUUAAAGAGACAUCUUGUGAUAAGAAAGUUAAAUGCAUUAAGGAUACUGAAUUUGUUUUAUAACAUUGCUUUUAUAUGAAGUAAUUGAUUCAGUUACCUAUAGUGUUGAAUUGUAAUUCUUCACCAUUACAAUGUUACUUGCCUAAACAAACACUGUAAAUUCAGAAAUCAUAGCUAUUUGAUUCAAAUUAUGUUUUUGAAAAGGGGUAAAAUACUUUUAAUCAUCAAAGCAAGUUCUGAUAGAAAGAGUAUGUAUAGACUAUAGACCUAUUAAUCUAAUCCGUCCAGGAUACUAUAUUAAAAGGAUAGAUAAUUUUAAUUUAUUACGACCUGAGGAAAAUUAUUGUUUUUUUACUUUUCUUUUUUCAAACAACCCAUCUUCAAAAUAAUUACUGAAUAUUCCAUAGAAAAAAAUUAUGUCAACCUAGAUAUGUUCGACAAGACGAAGUAAAUUUAAGAAUUUAUGUCAAAUUCUGUAUAAUUUAUUCACAACUAUUCCUCGAUGUUGAAUUAUCUAAAGGUUGACAUUUUGUAAAGACAUUUGUCUCAUGUUGAAGACUGUGUUGACCUCUAAAUGUCUUUUGGUUUUUUGUGUUUGUUGGGUUACUGUCUUGUUGAUGUAUACCUAACAUCCCUCUUCAUUCAUAUCUAUAUGCAAGAACCAUACCGGUGACUGUAACUGUAUUAUAUAUUAUAACUGAGGUGCCUUCAUUAAGUUGUAUUGCAGUUGGAUCAGUUAUGAGAAUACUGUGGAUUCAUUAAUUUUCGUUGGAUACCAAUUUUCGUGGGUACAAGUUUACUAUGAUUUUAAAUGUUCAACAAAUUGCAAAUUGGCUUGUAUACAGAAUUUUGGCAAAACCACAAAAAUCCAGGAAAUUCUUCAGUUUUCCUCAAUUCAAGAAAAUUUGGUACCCAAGAAAAUAAAUGAAUACAUAGUUACUUCUUUGUUAUAAAGUUGUAUUGCAGUCGGACCAGUUUACUGGAUAAUUUUUCUUUAUUUUAAAGCUGCAGACAUUCAGUGUCAAAUCCAGGACGUUGGAGUUUGUUCCCAGGGUUAAAACCCCCCUUUUUCAUGAUCAAUGCUUUUGGAUGGAGACAUAAUUGGAAAAGGGCUGAAUUCUCCCCUGAAGUCAUUAAUACUGUUGAUUGCAAUUGUUUAAAUGAUUUGAUUAACAGUUAUUUUUUACUAUAAAAAAAGGACUGAUGUGUGCAUUUUUAAACAGCUCAUAAAAGGAAGAUUGAUUAUGUUAAAUCCUGUGUGUCACAAGAUAUGAUGAGUUAUGUAUUUUCAACUAUGAUCUGAAAAUAUUCUUAAAUAGGGUUCACCAUUUUGAUAACUAAGAAGUUCUAUAAAUUAAGGGUUAAGUUAAAUAAAUAAGGAAUCAAGCCAAAAAUAAUAGAAAUGUUUUAGAUUUAUAACCCCUUUUGCGAUUUAUGGUCCCCUACAAUGUAAAAAUCCUUUCCAGAUUUGACUGUAAUAGGAUGCAUCUAUAAUAAAAAUAGAAAAACAAUAAUGUAAUAUAUGUGGUGUUUAUUUCUUGUAUGUAUUUCUUUUAUUUCAAGUUUUUUAUGAAUAGAGAAAAAAAACAUGUGAAAAUUUUAAAGAUUUUUGUUAAGACUUUUUGAGUUAGUUGAAAGCUUGCUUGCCUUUAGUUUAAACGAUUGUUAUACAUGAAGUACAUAAAAAAGAUUAUGUAAUUAAUGAUUUUGCACAAGAAGUGGUUACAUUUACAUUAAAUACAUUAAUUUAUAAUGAAAUGUUCAUGGAUAUCAUCAGAUUUAAUGAGAUAAUUCAUACUUUUAUUAUAUUUAAUAUUGUUUAUUAAAGAAUUUGUUUUAAAAAAAAACUAUUAUGUUUAUUUCAAAUACAGUGCACAAGUUUUGUAAAAUAAAAUUACAAUGUUUUUUUUCAAAUGUUUAUUUAUUACAGUGUACUUUUGUUUAAGUAUUAGCAAUGUGUAAUUGUACACAUUAAUUACAUUGUGUAAUUGUACACAUUAAUUACAUUGUGUAAUUGUACACAUUAAUUACAUUGUGUAAUUGUACACACAUAUUACAUUGUAUGAUUGUACACACAGAUUACAUUGUAUAUUUGUACACACAGAUUACAUUGUAUAUUUGUACACACAGAUUACUUUGUAUAUUUAUACACACAAAUUACACAUUGUGUAUGUGUAAACACAAAACAUUGUGCUACAAUUGUUUUGAUUUUAUUCCUUGUACCUUGUUUAAUUAAAGGGAUGUAAACAAAUGCAGAAUUGAGUCAUUAUAAGUAAUAGAAUAAAAUAGUCAAUAAUUUAUUUUAUAAAAUUAUAAAUGAUAAGUUAUUAAAACACCUGUCAUUUUAUAAUAUUUCUGUUUUUUAUUCCAUUGAUUCAUUUUGUUAAUUAUAAAUAUGUGAUUGUUACAGAAAAUUCAUAACACAAAUUUUCAUUUUAUAAAUGUUGUUUAGUUGUUGUUUAUAAGUAUGUUAUUCUAUUUACUUAAUGUUUUGUUCUAGAUAUUGACUCUGUCCAUACAGUAAUAUAAUUUAUUCAGGAUGAAUCAAAUUUGAUGAAUUCAGUUGCUGCAUUGUGAUAAUUAAUAUUUUAAAAAGUAAUGGAAAGUUAAGAGGACAAAAGGUGGGAACUACCUAUAAAUGGGCUGCCAAAACUUUUUUCUUUCCCUGGGUUAGACUUAAAAAUAAAACAAGAGUUUAUACAAUACAAGCAUUUAGUUUCAAGGGGCUUAUCUCCAAACAUAACUCAUUACAUAAGCUAAAUUCUAUUAAUUUCUUAUUUAUUUAAACACUUGCACAAAAUCAUUUUGAUUGGCCAAGACCAUUACUAAGUAUUGUGUAUUUAGCCAAUCAUAAUCAAUCAAUUUUAAUGUAUUGUACAUAUUGUACAGAUUUUAAAUAAUCAUGCUAUUCCUCAAUGCAGACACAAGCAGGGAAAUCUAGAUUCUAAAAUUACGGUUUUAAAAAAAGGAGAAUAGUUAAGCCAGAAUUAAUAGAUUAUACAUGAUAUGAUAUUUUAUGUCAAUGUUAAACAAAUCAUUGAAAUUUUGUUUUAAAUAUUGCACCCAAAAGAAGAGGAUAAUUUUGAAAAGUAUCAAUCUAAUUAAAACUAAAUCCUUUAUUUGCUCCUGUUCUCAUAAUUAUGUCAUGAUGCGAUUAAAAGAUUAAAUUUUAAUUCUAAUUCAGAAUUUAUGAAGCAAAUUUAUUGGUUAACAAUAU